ACAAUGUUUUAAUACAUAUUUUGAACUUGUGUGUGAAUGAAAAAGCUAGCUGAGCUAUUUAUAAAAUAAACAUUAAAAAUACUUGUGUGUGACUACUCAAAUUCAAUAAUGAGGAAUAUUGUGUUACCAUUGACCUUUCAUCUGUUAUUAUUCCUAGUAGGUGUAUCUGGAUGGAAGGCAGUGCCCGCGAACCAAGCAAUGUAUGCCCUACGUUCUGCGCACUACGGCCCAACUUCAGGUCUGACGAACGAUGAAGCUCUUCCAAGAAGAUACGUCCACAGCAUCUAUAAGUUCGGUUGGUGCACGCCUGAUGUGAUACAAAAAGUAUUCCUUCGAAAAACAGCAAAUAUCACUCUAUCGGAUUAUCAGUCAACACAGGCUACUUAUAUUUAUUUGUUAGAAGAUGAAGGUACAAUAAGGUACAGAUUGGCUUGCAUAAUAAUGAAGACUUAUGUCCCAAGAAAACAUAUGUUCCGAAGAAGUCGAUUACCGUUGUACUAUUGUCAAGGGGAGCUGUUUUUUGUUUGGAAAUUGACCUUUCAACGAAUAGAGCUGCAUGAAUUUUAUCUACAUGACAAACUUAAUAUUCCCGCUAAUUUUGUUUUCGAAUUUUAUCAUCCUACACUUGCAUAGAUUUGUAAAGAAACUAA